CAUGCAAAAUGUUUCCCUUCUGAUAACACMGCUGAACACAGUGGCUGUAUUGUGCUUAAGCCCCGCCUCCUCCGGAGGGCUUCUCCCGUCGCUGAGGCGGGGCGACGCCUGUCCGACGUGUUGGCAACAGGUUCCACCGGUAGCGAGAAAUGGGGGGGGGGUGAAUUUUCUCCUCGCCCCCCAUCAGCUCAUUGGAUCUCAUGUCCUCAUCCUCUCAACAUGUCCGGACUUUCUGCCGCUUUACGGACCGAGAAAUGCCGAACAAGUGAGUGAGGAGCAGCUGAAUCUGGACCGUCUUCGGCAGAAACAGGAAGUAAACAUGAAUACUCCUUCCACUGACAGGAAGUCCCAAGUGGAUUACGGUGUACAGAUCCGCUUCAUCAAAGACCUUCAYGACACGGGUGGAGGUUACGUUGAAAAGGCCAGAGUCACCAAUGGCACAAGUCCUGCCAGCAAAUAUGGCGUGGCCGUGCGGGUUCAGGGCAUCUCUGGGCAGCCCUACGUGGUUCUAAAAGAUGGACAGAAAGGUGACUCCUAUGGAGUUCAGCUGACCAAUCCAAAUCCCCCUCCCACCACCCCCACCUUAGAGCCAACUUCACCCUUCAACAGCGUCCCCAAACUUAAAAAAGAGCCUGCAGAUUUUGCCAAGCCCUUCAGCCCACCUGUAAACUCCUCGCGCUCCCCUGUUUCCCCGUCCACAGAGGAUGAGAUUGGGGAAAUUUUUGGGAGCCCACUUCGAAGACCUCCGGGGGAUGGUCAGGCGGGAACACAAGGAGAGGAGGAAGAUGGARCUGGGACGAAACGAGUGGUGGAGAGGUCGAAAUCGGAACCCAAAUUCUCAGCGAUGGUCAGCGAAAAUGAGAGAAAACGAGAGGAUGAAUAUAACGAAGCCGGACUGAAACCUGUCAAAUUAAACGCUGCGGGACCCAGAGGGUUUAAUCAGACCGCUUCUGGUUUCACCAACUCUUUAGGGAGGUACAGUGAGAAGAAACCAAGCACAGGUCCUCCUCCACAACCCUUCCCAGAUCCUCCUCCUCCUCCUUCAGCACUGACCAACGUUGAGCCUGCCCAAACAAUCGUCACAGACUCACUGGCUCCGAUCAACAAACUCAUCAGUAAGUUCAACACCAGCUCGCCGGGCAGCGCCCCACAGUCCAGAGGCCGCUCCGGAGCACGGCAGCGGCUCAGGUUUGAUGAGCGGAGGAGAUCCAGAAGCCUCGAUGCCCGAAAAGAUGCACAGCCAGAAAUGACCUCUCCUGCAUCCCCCACUCUAAACCCCUACGCUGCUCCUUUAACCGCCUCCUCCAGCUUAUUGGUAUCUUCUGCUCCAGGAGCUGGGAGCCUGGGACAGAGUCCUGCAUCUGCUGCCAAGGUGAUGGCACCAAAYGCUCCCAGGACAAGUUUCAAGUCACCAGAGAAGUUUGUUGCUAAGGCUAACCCUCCAGCUAUUGCAAAAAAGCCUGAAACACUUUCAAGGAGUUCAAGUCAAAGCACAGAGGUCAAUAAUGGGGAAGAGGCUCAAAUCAAGCAGGCUAUUUACAACAUCCUCAAAGAUGGCACCAGGGAGAGUGAAGGAGCCCUUCAAAGAAAAGUCAGCCUUGUCUAUGAAACCACCGACAAAAUAAAGAAGGGACGAUCUGAUGGAAGCGUCACAAAGAAGAAUCUUGAGGAUCUUCAGAGGCAGCUCGAGCGCUACAAGAAGGAUUUGGACCAGGCGCAGGAUGAACUUGCUGCGGAGCGUUUAUCCAGAGAGGUGGCAGAGUCCCGUCUGCGUCUUCAAGAGGAUCAGCUGGCUCAGCUUCAGGAAGAGCUGAGGAGAGUUGCUGAAAACGCACCCCAUUCAGACUCAUUCCAGACGGACGUGCUGGAGCUGCAGGCCCAGCUCGCUGAGGCCACCAUGCUGCACCGGCGCCAGGAGGAGGUGCUCCACCAGCGAGAGCGGGAGCUGACGGCCCUGAAGGGUGCGCUGAAGGAGGAGGUGGAGUGUCACGACAAAGAGAUGGAGGCUCUGAGGGAGCAGUACAGCCAGGACAUGGAGAACCUGAGGCAAACCAUGGAACAGUUCACGCAGUCCCAGGAGCUGAUAGAGGAGGAGCGGAAAAAGGUAAACGACUCUCUGCUGACGCUUGAGGCGGAGCUGGAGACCUGCAGAGACCAGGGGGACCAGUGGAGGACGGAUCUGGAGACGACCAGGGAGGAGCUAAAGCAGUCUCUCUCGGAGAAGGAGAGAGCGGAGCGCUCGCUGAAGGAGCUUCAGAAUUCAAAGAAAGAAAAGGCAGCGUCUGAUGAUAGCCUUCCUCUAAAAGAGGAGCUUCGGCGUUACCAGGACGACCUGAAGCGAACCCGCACAGAUCUGGACAAACAAAGGGGCGUGGCCGACGAGAAGAGCGGGUUACUCGAAGCCCUGAAGAGGGCGAGCGGAGAGAAGGAGGCCCAGCUUCAGUCGGAGAUUAACGAGCUGAAGGAGCAACUGAAGAAAGACAAGGCCGAGCUGGAAAAGGCGCUUGAGAAGGCGAAGGAGUCGUCAGCAGGAAGGACGGUGGUGGACCACAGCUCCGGUCUGGACCUGCAGGAAGAAAACACUCGCCUCAGAGAGAGGCUGGCCCGCAUGGUUUCCCGUUUGAAGAAGGAUCUGCUGGCGUGCAGCGAGGAGCGAGACAGCGCUCAGCUGGAGAGGGACCUCCUCAACAACCGCCUCAAGCAUUUGGAGAGUGAGCUGGAGUCGGAGAAGAGCACGCACACCGACCGCGGCCGCGAGAUCCGAGUGCUAGAGGACAAAGUUAAAACUCUGGAGAUCGAGUUGGACGAGGAGAAAAGCAGCGCGGAGCUUCUGAACGAUCGCAUAAACCGAAGCAGAGAUCAGGUGGACCAGCUUCGAUCGGAGCUGAUGCAGGAGCGCUCGGCGAGACACGACCUGGAGAUGGACAAGAGCGCGCUGGAGCGACAGGUGAAGGAGCUAAAGACCCGCGUGGCCGACAUGGAGGGGCAGACCCGACCCUCGACUGGACUCGCCCUGCUGGAGAAGAAGAUUCAGGAGCUGGAGGAGAGACUACGCAGUGAAGAACGAGAGAAGUCGAGCAUCCAGGCGUCCCAGAGACGAGUGGAGAGGAAGCUGAAGGAGCUGAACGCCACUUUGGACCAGGAGAGGAGCCAACAUGUUGAGCAGAGGGAUCAGCUGACCCUCCGCGUCAAGGCCCUGAAACGGCAGGUGGACGAGAGCGAGGGGGAGGUGGAGCGCCUGGAGGGGGUGCGCCGGAAACUCCUCAGGGACUUGGAGGAGCAGCAGGAGCUCCAGGAAGCAGGGCGGGCUAAAGUCUCGGCACUGGAGAGUGAACUCAAGAGGAAGUCCCAGCAGACGCACCGCACCGCUCUGAGCUCCUCCGCUUUGAGCUCUGACGAGGAGGACGGAGCWGCUUCACCUCCAUCCUGAGCCAGAGUCGCCUCCAAACCUGCCGACGACCGAAGAGCACAAGAAGAUCCAGGAGAGACGUUUUUGGUUACAGAGCCUCCUCAUGUAGAGGUUUUUUUACUUUUUAGUUGAACUGAGACACCUGGUCGGGAUGAUUAGAUUUCUUUUUAUUCUGUCAUCAUGGAUCUGAUCAUUUUUCUUUUUAUAGUUUAAUUAGUUAAAAAAGGACAAUCACUGUGGUUUGUGUUCGUUGUGUUAAUGGUGAUACUACAGCAGCACGUUCAGGUCAUACAGUCGAUUUCAUAUCUCAACCAAAGAAAUAUAACCUGUAGGCGUUAGCAUGAUAAUUUAUUUCUAUUAGUGACUCUAAAAGAGUUUUUGUGUUUAAAGUGAUGUUUUGACUGUGACAGUUUUAGGCCUUCAAACUGAGCCUUUGUUUAUUUUUAUUAUUUUUUUAUUUACACUGUAUUUCAGACAAUCAGUCAUACACUAACAGCUUCAACAACUUUUCUUUUUUUAAAGUUUACCCGCAUUAAUACUCGUGGUUUGAUUCACGUGCACGUCUUCACUCCGAUGCCUUACAGAGAGCUUCACGUUUUCACUUCAGUUUGUGAGGAUUUAAAUCGUAUUUCUCCUGCAUGCCUGAACCUGCGUCGCUGCAUUCCUGCUGAAGGACUCAUUAAGUCAGAUUUAUAAGCAGUUUUCACUCAUUUUGCACUUUGCUGUUUUUGGUGAAUAUUAAUUAUAAUCCUCUAAUGGUGUUUUUAAAGGUGUUUGUUGCGUUGUAGGAAAUGUAAGGUUGUUAAAUUAAACACGGAUCUCGAAUUUGACCGCAUAGAUUCCUCAAGUUUUUUGUUUUUGACAGAAACUUGAUCACAAAAUAAAAACAUUUUCCUGCUUUUUGUA